CCCCUUAUCUCUGCCGCCAUCUUGGAUCGACGAGGCCAUCCUCAUUUUCCAAUUCGUGCACCUUACUUUACACUAGCUAUAGCAUGGGCCGCAACGAUCUCCCUGCUCCAGUCUCGGACGCCGAGUGGGCCCUCCGCGUGGAUUUGGCGGCCGCGUACCGGCUCUUUCACCAGUUUGGCUGGGACGAAGUCAUCUACGGCCACUUGACGUGCCGUGUGCCCAACGACGCCGCGGACGACGACGUCCAGAGCGCGCACUUUCUUAUCAACCCCCUUGGCAUCCGCUACGACGAGAUGACGGCCAGCAAGCUCGUGACCAUCGACAUCAAAGGCAACUACAUCAACCGAGGCUCCACAGGUUUGGACAUCAACCAAGCGGGGUACGUUGUGCACUCGUCCAUCCACGAAGCGCGACACGACAUGCGAUGUGUCAUGCACUGCCACACAAUCGAGGGCUCGGCAGUGUCGUCCAUGAAGUGUGGGCUGCUGCCCAUCUCGCAAUUGAGCCACGUUGCGUUGAGCGGCGGCGUGAGCUACCACGACUACGAAGGCCUGGCUGUGUCUGUGGAUGAAAAGCCUCGGUUGAAGGCGGACCUGGGUCCCGACAACAAGGUGUACAUCCUACGCAACCACGGCCUCUUGACCGGCGGCCGGACCAUCGCGGAAGCGUUCUUCUUCAUGUACUACACCGUGUCCGCAUGCAAGAUUCAAGUCGCGGCGCUGUCGGCCGGGAUCGACAACGUCAGUUAUGCGUCCGACGAGGUCGCACGCAACUUUAAGCUUGGGCUCGCCCCGUUUAUCAAGGCCGGAGUCGGCACCGAAAUGUUUGAAGCGCUCAAACGCGGACUGGCACCAGAGUUUGCCACGUAGGAAGGAACUAUAAACCAUACAACCACAUUGUACUUUACCGUUUAUACCAGUA